AUCAGCUGGUCAGUGAAUGGCAUGCCACAAGGGACUAUUAAACAGCCCCUGGGGUAUAUUCCGAUCAUGGUGAAGUCCAAGCUGUGCAACCUCUAUAAUCUUUCUCCACAAGAGCUCAUACAGCACCAUGAGGAGGAAGAGGAAAUGGGAGGAUACUUUAUAAUUAAUGGCUUAGAAAAAGUUAUUAGGAUGCUGAUUAUGCCCAGGCGAAAUUUCCCUCUUGCAAUGACGAGACACAAAUGGAAAAACAGAGGCCCUGGUUUCACAGAGUACGGAGUAGUGAUGCACUGUGUGAAGGAUGAGCACACUGCAAUAAAUAUGAACCUCCACUACUUGGAAAAUGGUUGUGUCAUGGUGAAUUUCAUUUUUCAGAAAGAGUUGUUCUUCCUUCCUUUGGGAUUUGCUCUGAAGGCAUUAGUUAAUUUCCCAGACUACCAGAUUUUUGAAGAGUUGAUCAAAGACAAGGAAGGUGACACCUUUUAUGUGAACUGCGUUACUGAGAUGAUGAGAGCGGUAGUGGACGCAGGCUGUUUGACACAGCACAAUGUCCUCGAAUACCUGGGAAAAAGCUUCAGAAUAAAACUUAACCUUCCUGAGUGGUACAGCAAUGAACAGGCUGCAGAUUUCAUUUUGAACAAGUGUAUCUGCAUACACCUGACAAACAGAACUGAAAAAUUCUACCUGCUCUGUAUGAUGACCCGGAAGCUGUAUGCUUUUGCCAAGGGGGAGUGCAUGGAGGAUAAUCCAGACAGUCUGAUGAAUCAAGAAGUGCUUACCCCAGGACAGCUUUUCCUUAUGUUCUUAAAGGAGAGGCUUGAAAGCUGGUUGCAAUCUGUUAAGUUUGUUUUGGAGAAAAGAACAGAAAAGGCAGAUAUCAGCAUAAAUGCAGACAGCUUGGUGAAGGCAUUCAGCCUGGCAACAGACUUUACCAAGCCAUUUGAAUAUCUUCUUGCAACUGGUAACCUGCGAUCUAAAACCGGCCUGGGCAUGUUACAGGACAGCGGUCUGUGUGUGGUGGGAGACAAGCUGAAUUUCAUUCGCUACCUUUCUCACUUCCGCUGCAUACACAGAGGGGCAGCAUUUUCCCAGAUGAGAACUACAACUGUCCGCAAGCUGCUGCCCGAAUCCUGGGGGUUCCUGUGCCCUGUGGACACCCCAGAUGGAGAACCCUGUGGUCUGAUGAACCACAUGACAGCUGUGUGUGAAAUAGUGACGGAGAUGGUGCCCGUGACAGACAUUCCAGCUUUGUUAUGUUCCCUAGGUGUCACCCCCAUUGAUGCGACUCCAAGCAAGCCUUAUGCAGAGUGUUACAGAGUUGUGUUGGACGGCUCUGUGGUGGGCUGGGUAGAGUGGGAGCUGGCUCCUGAGAUUGCAGAAACCCUCCGCCGUUUCAAGAUGACACAAGAGAAGAAAUUUCCUGCACGGGCAGAAGUGGUCCUUAUCCCAAUGACAGGAAAACCCAGUCUGUAUCCUGGGUUGUUCAUUUUUACUACCCCUUGCCGGAUGGUGCGGCCUGUCAGAAACCUGUUCUAUGGAAGGAAUGAAUGGAUUGGUACUCUGGAACAGAUCUUCAUGAACGUGGCCUCGCUGGAGUCGGAAGUGGUGCCCGGAAACACCACUCACCAGGAGCUCUUCCCUCACAGCAUUCUGAGCGUGGUGGCCAACCUCAUCCCCUUCUCCGACCACAACCAAAGUCCACGAAACAUGUACCAGUGCCAGAUGGGAAAGCAAACCAUGGGGUUUCCAGUUUAUAACUACAAGGACCGCUCAGAUAACAAGCUGUACCACCUUCACACUCCCCAGAGUCCUCUGGUGCGGCCCAGCAUGUAUGACUAUUACGGUAUGGACAGCUAUCCAGUCGGUACCAAUUCAAUUGUGGCUGUCAUCUCCUACAGCGGCUAUGACAUGGAAGAUGCAAUGAUUGUGAACAAAUCUUCCUGGCAGAGAGGGUUUGCCUAUGGAAGCGUUAUCAAGAUGGAGAGCAUUGACCUUUCCCUUAAAGCCAGCAGGGCAGGCGAUAAUUUAGUAUUUGGCAUCAGGCCUGGUGAUCCGAACCUUACGGAGAAGUUGGAUGCUGACGGACUGCCUUUUGUUGGCUCUAUCCUGCAGCCUGGGGACCCCUUCUACAGCUUCAUGAACCUCAACACAGGGGAGACCUUCACUGUGUACUAUCCGAAUAAGGAAGUCGGCGUUGUAGACAACGUAAGGUUAUGCAGUAAUGACCGUGGCACUGGGAAAUUCAAGAAGGCUUGCAUAACUGUGAGGGUUCCCCGAAAUCCAACUGUCGGAGACAAAUUUGCCAGCCGUCAUGGACAGAAAGGUAUCCUGAGCCAGCUCUGGCCAGUUGAGGAUAUGCCGUUCACAGAGAACGGGAUGGUUCCAGACAUCCUCUUCAACCCUCACGGCUUUCCCUCCCGUAUGACCAUUGGGAUGUUAAUCGAGAGCAUGGCAGGGAAGUCGGCAGCACUGCACGGUGUCUCCUACGACGCCACUCCUUUCACCUUCACAGAGAAGAACUCCGCUUUGAAAUACUUUGGUGAGACUUUAGUGAGCGCAGGUUAUAACUUCUUUGGGACGGAAAAGAUGUACAGUGGCAUCAGUGGCCUGGAGCUGGAGGCGGAGAUCUUUGUGGGAGUGGUGUACUAUCAGCGCCUGCGCCACAUGGUCUCAGACAAAUUCCAGGUGAGGACAACGGGGCCCCGAGAUGCUGUCACCAACCAGCCCGUGAAGGGGAGGAACGUGGAAGGUGGGAUUCGCUUUGGCGAGAUGGAGCGUGACGCUUUGCUGGCUCAUGGCACUUCUUUCUUGCUGCAAGACCGCCUGUUCAACUGCUCUGAUGGCUCCAUAGCCUAUGUCUGCAUGAGCUGCGGCAGCAUGACAUCUCCUGUGCUGGAGAAACCACCACACUCCUCCUCUGUGACAAGCAACAGGAGGUACUCCUGCUCUGUCUGCAGUGAGGUGGACACGAUAGAGAUUGUCCCUGUGCCCCAUGUCUUCCGUUACUUUGUGGCAGAGCUGGCAGCCAUGAACAUAAAAACAAAGCUCAACGUGGAGUAG